AUGAAUUCUGAUUCGAGCUCUGUCUCCAGCAGAGCCUCAUCUCCGGACAUGGAUGAGAUGUAUCUGAGGGACCACCAUCACCGACACCACCACCACCAGGAGAGCCGUCUCAACUCGGUCUCCUCCACGCAGGGCGACCUGGUGCAGAAGAUGCCCGGGGAGAGCCUCUCGCGGGCCGGCGCCAAGGCCGCAGGUGAGAGCAGCAAGUACAAAAUCAAGAAGCAGCUGUCGGAGCAGGACCUGCAGCAGUUGCGGCUGAAGAUCAACGGGCGAGAGCGCAAGCGGAUGCACGACCUGAACCUCGCCAUGGACGGGCUGCGCGAGGUCAUGCCCUACGCGCACGGGCCCUCGGUGCGGAAGCUCUCCAAGAUCGCCACUCUCCUGCUGGCCAGAAACUACAUCCUCAUGCUCACCAGCUCCCUGGAGGAGAUGAAGAGGCUGGUUGGAGAGAUCUACGGGGGCCACCACUCGGCCUUCCACUGCGGGACGAUGGGCCACUCGGCCGGCCACCCGGCGCACGCCGCCAACGCCGUGCACCCGGUGCACCCCAUCCUGGGCGGCGCGCUGUCGUCGGGCAACGCCUCGUCCCCGUUGUCCGCCGCCUCGCUGCCAGCCAUCGGCACCAUCCGGCCGCCCCACUCGCUGCUCAAGGCGCCCUCCACGCCGCCCGCGCUGCAGCUGGGCAGCGGCUUCCAGCACUGGGCCGGGCUGCCCUGCCCCUGCACCAUCUGCCAGAUGCCGCCGGCACCGCACCUGUCCGCCCUCUCCACGGCCAACAUGGCCCGGCUGUCGGCCGAGUCCAAGGACUUGCUCAAGUGA